AUGCCACAGUUAGAUGCAAUUUACAUCUUCGCUGACAACAGAUCGAGAUAUCAAGAAUGGACACAAAACUGGACAAAAAUUAAAGGCGUUCAUACAGAUAUCAAAGACAUCUGUGAAGCAUUGCAAUCGGCAGUUAAGCAAUGCGACCAGGACUCAAUUGCCAUAAGUUUUCACUCGGUAGAUGAAAUGGCUUCACUUGAGAAUUUAAAUCAGCUUGAACCAACAUUUAUGUAUACCCAGAUAUUCAAGGAAAUUCUCUUUGAUAUGAAACAUGAUGAACAGGCCAUCAAACAGUUUAUUGCUUAUUGUCGAAAUAAUAACAGACUAUCGCCAAACAAUAUUAACAACUUGUCAUCAAUUAAUAUUGAUCGUUUUGAGAGAGAAUAUCAUGCUCAAUCAGCUAUUUGGUGGUAUACUUUCCCAACUAAUAUCUACUCUAUGCUCAACUGUGCUCUUCGAACAUUGGACGCCAAUACAAUUAUUACUAUGGGUUUUUUUAUGUCUCACCUGCAUCAACAAAUUCAGCAGCUGCACGAACAACAGGCCAAUAGUUAUGAAGGAAAACCUUUUUUAGUUUACCGAGGACAAGGUCUUAUGAAAUCAGACUUAGAAAAACUUCAGAAAACAAUAGGUGGACUUAUCUCAUUCAACAAUUUCUUGUCUACCAGUAUAGAUAAAGAAAUGUCCCUCGGUUUUGCUCAAAGUGCUUCUGAAAAUGAAGACAUGGUACGCAUUUUCUUUAUAAUGUCCAUUGAUCCUUGUAUUAAAUCAACUCCAUUUGCCUCAAUCAAAGAGGAGAGUUAUUUUAAGGAAGCAGAAAUUCUUUUUUCAAUGCACACCGUCUUUCGAGUAGGUACAAUUGAACGAAUGGACAAUGAGACUGAACUUUAUCAAGUUAACUUACAACUCACAUCGGAUGAUGACCAACAACUACGAGUACUUACUGAUUGGAUACGAAAAGAAGCAGGUGGUGGUAAUGGAUGGGAAAGAUUGGGUGACUUAUUGCUUACAAUUGAUCAAUUUGAUAAAGCUGAAGAACUUUAUAACAUAUUACUCGAGCAGACAUCUAAUGAGUAUAACAAAGGGCUUUAUUAUAAUCAGUUAGGAUUGGCAAAAGAUGCGCAGGGUGAUUAUAAAAAAGCUAUUUGGUAUUACGAGCAAGCACUUGAAAUCUAUCAAAAAGCUCUCCCUUCAAAUCAUCGUCAUUUGGCUACUUUAUUCAACAACAUCGGUAGGGUGUAUUACCAGAUGGGAGAGUAUUCGAAACCACUUUCAUUUUACGAACAAGCACUUGAAAUCCAACAAAAAACUUUGCCUUCAAAUCAUCCUUCAUUGGCUAUUUCAUACAACAACAUCGGUAGUGUGUAUCGCAAAAUGGGAGAGUACUCGAAAGUAUUUUCAUCUUACGAAAAAGCACUUGAAAUUCAUCAAAACAUUCUUCCUUCAAAUCAUCCUGAUUUGGCUACUUCCUACAGCAAACUCGCGUUAGUCUACAGACACGUGGGAGAGUACUCAAAAGCACUUUCAUCUCUCGAAAAAGACCUUGAAAUUUGUCAAAAAAGUCUUCCUCCAAAUCAUCCUGAUUUUGCUCAUUCAUACAACAAUAUCGGACGGGUGUAUGAGAGCAUGGGAGAGUACUCGAAAGCACUUUUUUACUACGAAAAAGCACUUGAAAUCGAUCAAGAAACUCUUCCUUCAAAUCAUCCUGAUUUGGCUACUUCAUACGGCAAUAUGGGUAGUGUGUAUGACAGUAUGGGAGAGUACUCGAAAGCACUUUUAUACUACGAAAAAGACCUUGAAAUUUGUCAAAAAACUCUUUCUUCAAAUCAUCCUGAUUUGGCUACUUCAUACAACAAUAUAGGUUCAGUGUAUGACCACAUGGGAGAGUACUCAAAAGCACUUUCAUUUUACGAGCAAGCACUUGAAAUUGAUCAGAAAACUCUUCCUUCAAAUCAUGCUAAUUUGGCUACUUCAUACAACAAUAUCGGUAACGUAUAUGACAAAAUAGGAGAGUGCUCGAAAGCACUUUCAUAUCAUGAAAAAGCAUUUGCAAUUCGACAAAAAACUCAUCUUUCAACUCAUUCGCAUUUGGCUACUUUAUACUGCUGCAUGGGAAGUGUGUAUCGCAAGAUGGGAGAGUACUCGAAAGCAUCUCAUUUUACGAGCAGGCACUUGAAAUUGACCAAGAAACUCUUCCGUCAGAUCAUUCUGAUUUGGCUAUUUCAUACAACAUCAUCGGCUGGGUUUAUAGAAAUAUGA